UAGGGUCCUAGCCUGGCCCCUUCAGGCCAGAGAUGGGACCGGGCACCUCCGCAGACCACCUCUGGCUUCGGCCUGACACCUACCUAGCCGAGUUAGUUGCCUUCCCGCGCCCGCGCCCAGAUUCUCCCAGCUAACGCGCGCAUUUAGGGAUAUGUCCCUCCCCCUGACCUUUCCCUAUCAGAAACCAGACGGUCGCCUCCUGCUCAGUCCCGGAGACUGCGGAAGGGGGGCGGGAGGAGGAGCUGGGCACAGGGAGGCCCGCCCGACUCAGGUCCGCCUGCCCUAUCACACAGACAUCUGUUCUCAGUUUCUUCCUCUUUAUGAUUGUUACAGAUGACAAGGGGAGUAGAGCGGACCGAGGCGGAAAAAAAAAAGUUAUGUCAUAAAGAUAUAAAACGGUGCUGUGACUCACCUGCUCUAAGCCGCAGGCCUACUCCUCGGUCCCGGUGAGCAACAUGAACUCCGGCCUAGGCUCCAUGAAUUCCAUGAACACCUACAUGACCAUGAACACCAUGACCACGAGCGGCAACAUGACCCCAGCUUCAUUCAACAUGUCCUACGCAAACCCGGGCCUGGGCGCUGGCCUGAGCCCCGGCGCCGUAGGUGGCAUGCCCGGCGGCUCCGCGGGUGCCAUGAACAGUAUGACAGCGGCAGGAGUGACUGCCAUGGGGACGACUCUGAGCCCGGGAGGCAUGAGUGCCAUGGGUGCGCAGUCAGCAGCUUCCAUGAACGGCCUGGGCCCUUAUGCCGCCGCCAUGAACCCGUGCAUGAGCCCCAUGGCGUACGCACCGUCCAACCUGGGCCGCAGCCGGGCUGGGGGCAGCGGCGACGCCAAGACUUUCAAGCGCAGCUACCCGCACGCCAAGCCGCCGUACUCCUACAUCUCGCUCAUCACCAUGGCCAUCCAGCAGGCGCCCAGCAAGAUGCUCACGCUGAGCGAGAUCUACCAGUGGAUCAUGGACCUCUUUCCCUAUUACCGGCAGAACCAGCAGCGCUGGCAGAACUCCAUUCGCCACUCACUCUCCUUUAACGACUGCUUCGUCAAAGUGGCCCGCUCCCCGGACAAGCCCGGCAAGGGCUCCUACUGGACCCUGCACCCGGACUCCGGCAACAUGUUCGAGAACGGCUGUUACUUGCGCCGCCAGAAGCGCUUCAAGUGUGAGAAGCAGCCAGGGACUGGGGGCGGGAACGGGGGCAAUGGUGGCACCAAGGGCGGCCCUGAGAGCCGCAAGGACCCGUCGGCGGCAGCCAACCCCAGCGGCGACUCACCCCUUCAUCGGGGCGUGCACGGUAAGACCGGCCAGCUAGAGGGCGCGCCGGCCCCGGGGCCCGCCGCCAGCCCCCAGACUCUGGACCACAGCGGGGCGACAGCGACAGGGGGCGCUUCGGAGUUGAAGACUCCAGCCUCCUCAGCUGCGCCCCCAAUCAGUUCCGGGCCCGGGGCGCUGGUAUCUGUGCCCCCCUCCCACCCGGUGCAUGGUUUGGCACCCCACGAGUCCCAGCUGCACCUGAAAGGGGACCCCCACUACUCCUUCAACCACCCCUUCUCCAUCAACAACCUCAUGUCCUCCUCGGAGCAGCAGCACAAGCUGGACUUCAAGGCCUACGAGCAGGCGCUACAGUACUCGCCCUACAGCGCUGCGUUGCCUUCCAGCCUGCCGCUGGGCAGCGCCUCGGUGGCCACCAGGAGCCCCAUCGAGCCCUCAGCCCUGGAGCCGGCCUACUACCAAGGUGUGUAUUCCAGACCUGUCCUAAACACUUCCUAGCUCUCUCAGACUAGGGGUUUGUUUGGCAUGGCCAUGCUGGUAGCAGGAAAGGGGGAAAAAAAUCAACAGCAAACAAAACCACAUGUACCAAGCCGACAACAGCGUAAUAAAAUCCCAACUAUUUUUAUUUCUUUUUGUGUGUGUGUGCACAAUCUUUCCCCCAGUGCGAAGGACUGUUACUUGAUUGUUAUUCAAAAACGCCUUGUGUAUAUUAUUACCAAGAAAACCAACCCCAAACCAACAAAAUUUUUCCUUGCAAAGUUUAAUGAUCCACAAGUGUAUAUAUAAAACCCUUCUACUUCCUUGUCCCUCUCCCUUUCUCUCCUCUUCCCCCUCCACAUUCUAGUGUGUGCAGGGUUUAUUUAAAAAAAGAAAGAUGGUCAAGCUUGUAAACUAUUUGUGCUUUUUUCCCUACUCACCUGACGCCCCCCCACACACAAGUUUACAGGUCUAUGGCAGUACUCUUCACCAUAAGAGCUGAAAGGGUGAACAAACAAGUAGACACUAGGGGCUGUUGAAAGUAUUGAAGGACAAUUCUGCUUUUAUGCAGCAAAACAAACGUUAUAAACAUCAGAGCCAUUUGUUUUUCAGCUUACAUUUCUGAUACAUUCAGAUAGCCGAUGUCUUUAAAUGAAAUACAUAUAUAUUAUGUACCAACUUAUUUAUGCACAUGCUCAGAUAUGUAGACACCCUCUAUAUAUUUACAUAACGUAUAGAGGUAAUAGGUAAGUGGUAUACAUGCUAUAUUUUCAAGAGUUGCCAGACCAAGAAGUUACAAAGACACCCCCUCCUUGUCCUCUGUACCCACCUAUAGCCCUGGGAAUCAGUUCCUGAAGAAUUCCCUCAGUAACUCUGCUCCUUGCUUUGCAGAGUGCCAUGGUCAUGUCAUUUUGAGGUCACAUAACAUGUAUAAAAUUAGCUUCUAUGUAUCUAUACCAUUGAAAGAAUAUUUUUCUCCAGAAAAAAAGGGAAUAUUACAGUGUUUGAGGAGAGAUGUUAUAGGGAGCUGUAUUUCAAAAUUUGGUCCAAGAUUCCAAAAUCCAUUUGAUUGUGGUCAUUUUAAUUAUCGCCAUCGUGUGCUUGUUUCAUUCAGUGUUAAUGCACUUUUCACAGUUGGACAUGGUGUUAGUAUAGCCAGACGGGUUUCAUUAUUAUCCCUCUUUGUUUUCUCAAUGUUAAUUUAUUGCAUGGUUUAUUCUUUUUUUUCUUUACAGCUGAAAUUACUUUAAAUGAUGGUUAAAACUACAAAUUAAAAUGUUAAUUUUUAUCAAUGUGAUUGUAAUCCAAAUAUUUUGAUUUAAAUAACAAAAUGAUAAAUUUUAAGCCGUGGAAUAUGUUCUUGAUCAUUUGCAGUUAAGGACUUUAAAUAAAUCAAAUGUUAACAAAAAAAGAUUUUUGUUAUUUUCCUUAAUUAAAUCCAAAAUAGAUAUUCGGAAUAUGAUAUUUUUCAAAGUCCGGCACUGAAUAUACACGACAAAAAGGAAAAUAAUCUAAAACAAAUUUGUUUUAUUUGUUUACUAUAUGAACAUGUAGUACAAAGUAGGUAAAGAAAUUGAAUAAACGUGGAUAGAGAAAUUGAUUUAAUAUCCCCAAAAUUGAGUUUUUAAGAUUCUUUAUUCCCAGUAAUAUUUACUUCAGUUUUUGACAUGGACUUACUUACGCCUUCUGUGUUUCCUUUGAGUCUUUCCACAAUGAAAUCAAGUACUAUUAAUUUAACUACCUUUCUCCCUCCCCCAGUGUAUCAUUUUCUUUUAUCUGAGAAACAUUCGGGUGAGAAUAAAAUAUCAGAUGUGGUUUAAAAUUAAGUUGUCUACAACAGAACCCUGAACCCUGUUUACAUUAAGAGAGAAACAAAACUCAGCCAGCAUGGCAGCUUUGGAGGGGGCCAGGGGAGCCCAGUUAAUUCCCACCUGCAGGGGAAGCUUUGUGCCACCAGCAACAUUUCACGUAGCUGCUAUUUUGUAUUUUGAGAAGAUAUUUUUUUAAAACAUUGUUUCUAAUAAUGCCGUUCCAGAGAACAUAAUGAUGAUUUGUUUGCCCUCUAAGCAGCUUUUAAAUGCAACUUCACACCCCUACAGUUGCUUGAGAUCACAAAAUCGUUAAUCUCCUUUGAUAGUAGGCUCACUUUCCAGUCCACCUAUUUCUUUGUAAGUCUUCUUCGGAUUGACAUCAACAAUAACAACACCAGCCCGAGCAUAGGCUGGCCUGCCCACGCUCUUGUGUAUGAACUCUAUCCUCGCCAGGGCUUGAACUUGGACAGCCUUUACUUUGAUCGCCCCACUCCACACCGAGGACAAGAUAAAAAGAGCUGCGUGAGUCCCUUAAUUAUCGCGUAAUUGCCUCCCCAGAUGAGAGACAGGGUGCCAUGUAGCACUUGAGAAAAAUCCAGAAAUCCCAAACUACCCCCACCCCUGCUCUCACUUGAACGCGUGAAAGCAGAAGGAAAUUACUGGUUGGAGUCAUUUCAAAACCUGGAGGCCUGGGAAGGAUGUUCAAGUUCCAAAGAGAGGGAAAAGCUUUCAAUCCCAAGUUACUUAUAUUUAGGUAGAAGGUAAACAAAUCUCAAAUUCGAAUUCCAAACGUAAUAUAAGGCGUGAGCUUGGGCCUCGGAAUUUUACCCGGCCACACUGAAUCUUACAUCGUCUAACUUUCGUGCGUUCCUCUCCGUGGUCUCUUUCCUUUCUCUAAACGUAGCAGCAGUAUCCAUCCAUGCCUUGCCUUUACCCACCAGGUUUAAGACGGCCUUCGCGCUCGCUAUCUUACUUGGCAGAGACUUUCUGGGCUUGCAGGGUCGAGGAGCCUCGGGUUUAGGACCCGAGGCCACUUUAGAGACCUGCCUGGGAAGCUAGAAUGGUCGGUCGCGGGGAGCAGGCCUCGCCUCGUGAGUUUCUCCUUCGAUUUUCUGCCACCUCUGGGUACCUUCCGCUCACUUUGCCACCUCUGGGCGUUGCAAUCUGGGCCCCGUGCGUUUGGACGCGCGCGGGUUGGGGCCGGGGCAGUCGGUUGCCGGGGGAGCGGGGAACAGAGCAGGACCGCAUGCAUCUCGAGGUGACAAAUGCAGUUAGUUCUUCAUUGUUUGGGCAUUUUCCCCUCCUAGCGAAUAAAUCUGUUGAGCCCAAGACCUAAAAGUCAACAAAGAAGGCCAGGCGCCUCGUUACGGCUCCUGCGGCCCCAACGCCCGCGUCGCCGCGGCUGCUCCCGCUGCGUAAUCCCUUCCUCGGAAACCCAGACACACAAACGCCGGAACGCCCGGGGCUGGGGCGCCGCGCCCCAGGGCCGGGAGGAAAACAUCUGUGGUUUCGAGGGAGUGCUGAGACCCUCCACGAGCGCUCCGCUUUCUCGCGACGCCCUCCCACCUACCCCCUUUUCGUCUAGAAGUCUCUAUAGUUCUUCACCUCGGAUGCUCUUGCAGACCGUGGCCAGAAAGGGGAUGCUGCCGGGUCAGGCGCGGUCCACCGGGCUCGCCGUAUUUAGGAAUUCGCCCAAGGUGGGGGAGGGGU